ACCUUAACCUGAAAAACCCCUAAACCCUAGUUUUCUCUCUCUGUGUCAACAAUGGCUUUCACAUCUAUCCUUCGCAAGUCAGCGUCAACAAUGGCGAGGCGGGUUGUCGGUAGUCAAGCACGGAAGUACUCAGCCGCUAACAGAGGCGUCUCCUCUCACCAUUUCUGCGGCCGAUCUUCUUUUCAGCCGGUCGGCCUAUCUUCUUUUCGCCCGGUCUGCCGAUCUUCUUUUCUGGAGGUCCGAAGCUACUCUAGUCGUCCAAGCUCUGAUAUUUCUCUCCUCAAAGUCAUCGAAUCUGAAGUUGAAUGUGCCGAAGAAUCGAAUGAGAACGGAGAGGUUGAUGAGGUCCCAAGUGAUUUCCCUUUCAAGAUUCAAGACAAUCCAGGGCAGCAAACAAUAACGUUGACUAGACAAUACCAAGAUGAAACCAUUACUGUUGAAGUCUAUAUGCCUGAUCUGUCUACCCCAGAUGAAGAAGAAGAAAAUGAUGGUAAUGAUAACGAUGAUGAUGCGGCACAGGACGUGAACUCAAGGACUGAAUUAGUUGUGAGGAUUUCUAAAAAGACAGGAGGACCUGUGUUGGAGUUUGGUUGUUCUGCUAGCCCUGAUGAGAUCGUUAUUGACAGUUUGGCGAUCAAGAAUGAAACUAGCUCUGAUGAGGAUCAACUUGCUUAUGAAGGACCAGACUUCUCUGAUUUGGAUGAAAACCUCCAGAAUGGUUUCCACAAGUAUUUGGAGAUUAGAGGAAUCAAACCCAGCACGACCAAUUACUUGAAUGAAUACAUGGUUGAUAAAGACAACAGGGAAUACAUCAAUUGGCUGAAAAACCUUAAAAGGUUUGUUGAGGCAUAGGUAGAAGAGAGAUUUUGUUUGGUACUCUUUCUUUCAUAAGCAAAUUAUUAAAUCUUAUUGGGAUUAUGUUACUCUGAUUUUGCUCACAAGCUGCUUAUCUUUUAUGGUUUUUUUUUUUUAUCUAUUUGCAUGAUUUGUAAGAAUAAAUACCUUAACUUUCUAGAGAGAACAAAGCAUUGAUAUUUGUUGGGAAAUGUAUUAUCUUUCAUUUUCUGUUGCUAUGUAUGAACUUUGAUAGUUAACUGUGAUUGUAAAACAGUUGUUGUAGCU